AUGCUGCCAAACGAACAUUCCCCUGCUGUUCCUCAGAAUGAUCACGGCAGCUACUGUGUUAGCCACAGUAGCAAAGGGGACCAAAAAAAGCACGGGGAGGGGAAACAGUUCUCCAGUGCUGAAGAAGCAAGUUUAAAGGAGCCCAUCAUUAAGAGGUUUGAAGAGGAAGGAAAUCCUUACUAUUCCAGUGCAAGGCUGUGGGAUGAUGGGAUUAUUGAUCCAGUGGACACCAGAUUGGUCCUGGGACUCAGUAUUAGUGCAGCCCUCAACGCACCAAUCCAGAAGACUGAGUUUGGAAUCUUCCGGAUGUAACCAGAAUAGAAAAUAUGUUCUGUUGAAUAUAUACCAAAAGUUAACACAUAUAUUAGCCUUAAAUUUUUAAAUAUUUUUGAAUAUGUGGCUAUUACAGUAAUUUUUUUU